AAGAGGAUGAGCUCAUUGGGAAACAAACGUCAUUGACGCGUUUCCCAAUUUCCCAGACACGGUGGGCCUUUGUUUUUAUACAGACAUCCGUACACGGUCCUCGACGACCUCCUGGCAUCACCAAGUUCCACCUUCAAACUCACUGCCAAAAUGCAGCCCAAACGGUCCGCAGCGGACGGCCCCAGUCGACGAUCCAAGAGGUCGCGUCCGUCCACCGAGGGCACCGAGGGCACCAAUGCCACCAGCGAGGCACCAACUUGGUCAAUUCCUCGAGACGAGCGCUGGUCCCCUGAUAUCUCGGGCUCUGCAAAUGUCGACAUGGAAUACAAGAUAGCCACCCAGGAUCUGGAGAAAGCUUACCGAUUUGUGUGCAUCUGCCGGACCCCGUUUUACAACGGCGAAAGGGAGGAAGAGGAGGAAGACGAGGAAGAGGACGAGCAGGGCGAGAGCUCUAAGGCCCCCGAAAAGGCCGAGGAACCGGGCAAGUGUGACGGCGGGGACACUUGUUUAUGCAACAAGCCCGCGUCGGAGCAUCCCGGCCAUAUCUGGAAACUGUCGUACGCCGGCUUGCGCAAGUUCCACACGCAGGAGGUCCACUGCCAGCUAAGGUGCCCCGACUACUUUGAAAUGUACACGUUCAACAGGCACGGGGCCUAUGGCGUGCUGGAGGUCCUGCAGAACCUCAUCCUGGACUUUGAGGAGGCCUCGGACAACUACCAGGAACAGUGGGCUGUCUGUGAGGGUUUGGCUUUCUUCCUCAUGACCAACACCGCAUGGGAAGUGACGGGGGUCGAUGGAAACACCGUCACCGAAACAUACCUGAUCAUUGGUCGUCUCUUUUUGAGCAUGCUUGCCACGCUGGAGCGGUUUGGUUGUCUCAAAGAGGACUCCGAGUUUGAGAAUCUCGGUCUGGUCAUGGCGCUGUUCAUGGCAUUUGCGCGGUACGCAAAGCAAUGCAGCGAGCUGAGAGACAGUAACCGGCAGUCGUUGGGCCCCGGAAAGGACAAGCGGAAGUGGUAUCCGCACAACUUCCAGGAUCAAAUUCUCGCGUACGCCUCCAAGUACCAUAUCACUCUCGUCGGGCCGCACAAUAUCGACGACAUCAUCAAGAAAGCCCGUGCGGGUGCCGAUCUGCCCGUCCCACCGACACCCGAGAUGGGCAGAGUAGAUCCUUUUGCUCUCGCCAAGAACCUGAAGAGAUACAAGGAGGAACAAGGCGGUCUCACGGCCUGGAUGGCCCUCCACAGUAACAGCGACACGCCUAUUGGGGGGGACAAUCUCGACAUCACCACCUGGAGCAGCGAAAGGCGCAAGGAGAAGAGCUUUGAGGAGAAGGACCCGCUGACCGAGGAGCAUAUUGAGGCCCUCAAGAAGGGUAUGGUGAUUGCGCUUGGCUAGGCAUUGGGUCAGAGGUAUGAGAUGGGUGUAGUUGUAACCUUUGGAAAAUAGCUUCGAGGAUUCAAGU